AUGAAUUUUUCGGAGGGGGAAGUUUUGGAGGCAAUAGAUUCUUCGGAUAGCAACAAAGCUUCGAGUCCAGAUGGGUUGAAUAUGGGAUUUUUUAAGAAAUUUUGGCCAGUUUUGAAAGGAGAUAUUCAUAAGUUUUUCGAAGAUUUUUAUGAAGGGAAGAAGUUUGGGAAAGGUGUCAAUCAUUCUUUCAUUACACUAAUUCCGAAAAAGCAGAAUCCGGUUGCCAUUGAGGAUUACAGACCAAUCAGUUUGGUAGGAGGAUUAUAUAAAAUUUUGUCUAAAGUUCUGUCAAGAAGGCUAAGACUGUGCAUGGGAGGGUUGAUUGGUCAAUCUCAAUUUGCUUUCAUUCUGGGAAGACAGAUUUGUGACUGUUCCUUAAUUGCUAAUGAGGCCAUCGAUUUCUGGAGGAGGAAAAGAAGGGAAGGUCUCGUCUUCAAAGUGGAUUUCAAGAGGGCUUAUGACACUGUUGAUUGGGAUUUUUUAAUUCAAAUUAUGGAGUGUUCUGAUAAUUCUUCUUCGAUGCUGACUCAUUUACAAUUUGCGGAUGACUUGAUCAUAUUUUGUAAAGCUUCUAAGGGACAGUUAGCAAAUCUGAAGAGGGUCUUGGUUGUAUUUGAGUUGUGUACAAGGCUACAACUGAAUUUGGUGAAGAGCAGAAUUUUUUGUAUUAAUUUACAAGAUCAGAUUGUUGGGGAGUGGGCAGAAUCUAUUGGUUGCUUAAGAGACUCUUUUCCGACAGAAUAUUUGGGAUUACCAUUGGGAGCAAAGAUAAAUUUUAUUCAACUAUGGGAUUCGAUUGUGAAGAAGUUCUACCAGAAAUUGGCAUGCUGGAAAUUAUCUUCUCUAUCCAUAGCAGGGAGGAUAGUUUUGAUAAAAUCAGUCCUGAAUUCACUCCCUAAUUAUUAUAUGUCACUUUUCAAAAUAUCAGUGGUUGUGAGGAAGAAACUGGAAUCUAUUAUGGCCAACUUCUUGUGGGGUUCUUCGGCUGAGAAGAAAAAGUUUCAUUGGAUUAACUGGAAUGAUGUUUGUAAAAAUAAAGAGUUGGGGGGAUUGAUAAUUUCGGAUCUUAAGCUACGGAAUAGAGCUUUACUGGGAAAAUGGGUAUGGAAGUUUGGUUCGGAGAAGGACUCUUGGUGGAAGACAAUGAUAUGUUCCAAGUAUAAUGUGGGAACGAGUUCUAUUGUUUCAGAUGAUAAUUUUCCCUCUAAUGUGUCUUGGAUUUGGAAAGGUUAUUUUAAGAUGAAUGUUGAUGGGGCUGUUAACUUUGAUUGGAGAAGAAGUGGUAUUGGUGGAGUUCUUAAAGAUGCCGAUAAGAACAAGAUGGCUUCUUUUUAUAGAGCAUUAAGACCUUGUUCUCCUAUUCUUGCUGAGAUAUUUGCUAUCAAAGUGGGGUUAGAAGUGUUUUUUGAGUCAGUUUGGAGGGAUAAAGGAAUUCUAAUUUUGGAAAGUGACUCGUUUCUUGUUGUGAAGUGGAUCAACAGUCCGGAACUUUGCCCGGUUCACCUUGUUGAUUUGAUUAUAGAAAUUCAGAAGAUAGUUGUGCAGUCUAAUGUUAUCAUUAAGCAUAUCAGCAGAUGUACUAAUGUGGAAGCUAAUUGUCUAGCUAAGUCAGGAAUUGGUUAG